AUGUCUCGAUCACCAUCUACAAGCAGUUGGGUUGAGGUCUCCAAGGAGAACGAUUCCUCAACUCCUGCUCCAGCAUCCUCACCUCCUGCUCCAGCCACAUCACCAGUUCGAUCAAGAGCCCCAUCACCUCCUUCAAGAAUAAGCUCAGUUGAGCCUUCUGAAAACCGUGCUGCUUCGCCAAGCGGUUCGCAACAUGCUCCUUCCCCACCUAGUUCCCCUCCAGUUGUGCAAACCGGACCACAAAACGCUUCUCCUGGUUCCCCUUUAAGUUCACCAAUAUCAUCCCAAUACUCUUCUCCUGGCUCCCCUUUACUUUCGCCAAAUUCAGCUGCCAUGUACUCCUCCUCCUCCAAUAUGGACAAUAAUGGUGAUACUGCCACACAAGAGACUCGCAGAGACCGCCGACGUCGCCGUCCACGACGCGGUGCCUUUGAUCGAAACGCUUAUGAAGGAAGCUCUAUUUGUCGUCGUCCAGGUGGUGGCUGCCAAGUCGUUUCCAACCCAGCAAGACAUGCGCGCAGAGCUAGCUCUCAAGUAUCACCUAGGUCAACAGUUCCACAACGUGGUCCUUGGUUCCCAGUUAACAGAAUGUCUGCUUUCCCAAACUUCUUGGCCGUCCGCAUCGAUUACCUCCUGCCAGUAUUUGGAAUCUCAGGCCGUAAGGUUGCCAGAGCGAUUGAACGUGGACUGUUACCGGUAUACGAAAACCCAGAGAGAGAUAAUUCCUUGGCCGUUCCCGUCGAUGCCCUUCCGCCAGUAUUUGGAAUCACACCUUAUGAGAUCAACAAUGCGAUUAGUCUUGGACGCUUGCCGGUGUUUGAGAGCAACCCAGGGGCCGAUGAAAUCUACCAAGAACCAAUCAAUGGCCUCUUAGGAACUCUCCCUUUCAUGAUUCUGGUGUCGACGGGUCAACCAUUUACAACUCUGGAGUUGAUUGGUGCUCGUAGAGAAUCGUACGGAAAUGAGCCAAUGGAUGUGUUCCUCGGAUGGUUGAAUGAUGAACUCUGGAUUGGACGAAUUGUGGAUCUGGGUAACGGUCUCUUUCAGUAUAACAUUAAUCAUCCAACCCUGUGGAACUCAGACAAUCUUGAAGAGGAGGCUAUGGGCGACGAUAUGGAUCACUAUAUGGGUGACGACGAGGAUGAGGUUUAUUAUGAACAAUGCUGCGAAUGCGCCAACGGUGCCCUUCCAAGUGACAACUAUAUCGUUCAUCCAGACUGGACAGUCGAUAGAUUGGAACGCGAAGGAGGACGGUCGUUCUAUCAGAGAUUUAGGUGCUAUUAG